AUGCCCCUUGGAGAUCUAGAGGACAGGAAUGGAUGGAAAAAGAAGACGUCGGACAUCAAAGAAAACUAUGACUUCAAAGAAGUUCUGGGAACGGGGGCGUUCUCGGAGGUGGUGCUAGCGGAGGAAAAGGGGACCCAGAGGCUGGUAGCCAUCAAGUGCAUCCCAAAGAAGGCUCUGGAGGGCAAGGAGAACAACAUUGAGAAUGAGAUCGCUGUGCUGCACAGAAUCAAGCACACCAACAUUGUUUCACUGGAGGACAUCUUUGAGAGUACAUCCCACCUGUAUCUGGUCAUGCAGCUGGUGUCUGGAGGGGAGCUGUUUGACCGCAUCGUAGAGAAGGGUUUCUACACAGAGAGAGACGCCAGCCAACUCAUCCACCAGAUCCUGGACGCUGUCAAAUACCUCCAUGACAUGGGCAUCGUACACAGGGACCUAAAGCCAGAGAAUCUGUUGUAUUACAGUAUGGACGAGGACUCUAAGAUAAUGAUCAGUGACUUUGGCCUGUCUAAGAUCGAGGACACGGGCAGUGUCAUGUCUACAGCCUGUGGGACCCCAGGAUACGUGGCUCCUGAGGUGUUGGCUCAGAAACCGUACAGCAAAGCAGUAGACUGCUGGUCCAUCGGAGUCAUCUCCUAUAUUCUGUUAUGCGGAUACCCUCCGUUUUACGACGAGAACGAUGCUAAGCUUUUUGAGCAGAUACUGAAGGCAGAGUAUGAGUUUGACUCUCCGUACUGGGAUGACAUCUCCGAUUCAGCUAAGGACUUUAUCUGUCACCUGAUGGAAAAAGACUUUAUGAAGAGAUAUACCACUGAUACAGCACUUCAACACCCCUGGAUCUGUGGAGACACAGCUCUUGAUAAGAACAUCCAUGAAUCUGUCAGUGCUCAGAUCAAGAAGAACUUUGCUAAAAGUAAAUGGAAGCAAGCAUUCAACGCCACAGCAGUGGUGAGACACAUGCGGAGGCUGCAGCUGGGUACCAGUCUAGAGAGCCCCAGCCAGAUCACCCCCACAAGCCCCUGUCAUGCCCACGCACUCCUGCUGCAGGAGGAGGACAAGGAAGAGGAGGGACCAGGGAUAGAGGAGGAGGAGAGCUUGUCAUACUGUGAGGAUGAGCAGCAGCGCGGUAGUGCAGAGGGCAGUUCCUACCGGGACAGUCUGACGAGUUGCACCUACUGCUGCAGGCCAGCCAGUCACGUCUGA